AUGUCGGACCACCCUCGAAAGGGGCAACGUCCGGAGAGGGUGGAGGGAGAACCACGAUGGACAGUCACCAGACGUGAACACUCCGAAACAAUACCUCUCUCACCCGCCAUCCCCAACGACGAUGACGACACGACCGCGGGUCCAUUCCACUCGCGGACGAUGACGACCACGGAGCGCGUGCAGAUACUGCAGAUGCCUGUGCCGAUCUCGGACAGUGAGACCGCGCCCGCUCUGCUGCUCGCACUCUCAUCCCCGAACGGAAAUACGACACAGUCGAUAUCGUCGACUGUUACAUCUUUGCCAGCCACUGGCACACCACUCAUCGGCGGACUGACAGCCAGCGGACUUCCGCUCUUCAAUGGCAUCCAUGUCAACAGGGACUCCCGCCACACAACCACCGUCAUUACCACCACUACCACCACCUACCGGGUCAUCGAAGUCACCGACUCCGAAUCGAUGAGCAGCUCCGGCGAAUUCGAGAGAGACUUUGAGUUCCUCGACCAUCACGGCCAAUUGUUGGCUGACGAAGGCGAGCUGACCGUCAACAUCCCGCUACACAGUGUACGCACACCAGAAAGACUCCAGAAUCCCAGCCCGGCAACGUACAUGAUCGUCGGUAAGACCGAAUCCACACCGACAACUCCGAACCACCAAAGCGUCCAUAUGGGUUUCGACAUUGCUCCAGUCGAACAGCCCGUUGUAGCCGCAGGAGAGGACGAGUAUGAGAUGGUCGAAUACACCAUUUCACCCGCUGGAAGCACAUGCGGAGAAGAUCAAAUUGCAUCGACGAGCCGACAGAUGGAAAUCCAAGACGCACCCAUCCGCAACUAUGUCGAUGUCUAUCAUGUUGGAACGAGCGAUAAGGUCGAAAUUGACACCAUGGUCGAGUAUGAAGUCGUCUACGAUGAGGAGGAAACUGUCAUCCCAGACAAAGCCAAUGCCCGCGGAGAUUUUGAGCUGACGGAAGAAUAUGACGGACCCAUCGACUCCACCCAUCGUCACACUGAUGUGGAAGGACUACCGUUGGCUUCUCACGUCCAGGUCUACCACCAUGGCCGCUCGGAUGUUGGAGAGCCAUCGCAUGUCGUCGUCGAAGAGAAAUCGGAAGUCGCAGAGAAGCCGACGCUAGCCGACAAGUUCACUGGUCUCUUCAGAAAGGGACCCAGCCACCUCGACUACCCGAUCAGCGAGGCUUUCGAAGGACCAAUCGACUCCACCCAUCGUCAUACCGAUGUGGAAGGACUACCAUUGGCUUCUCACGUCCAGGUCUACCACCAUGGCCGCUCGGAUGUUGGAGAGCCAUCGCAUGUCGUCGUCGAAGAGAAAUCGGAAGUGCACGACAAGCCGACACUGGCCGACAAGUUCACUGGUCUCUUCAGAAAGGGACCCAGCCACCUCGACUACCCGAUCAGCGAGGCUUUCGAAGGACCAAUCGACUCCACCCAUCGUCAUACCGAUGUGGAAGGACUACCGUUGGCUUCUCACGUCCAGGUCUACCACCAUGGCCGCUCGGAUGUUGGAGAGCCAUCGCAUGUCGUCGUCGAAGAGAAACCGGAAGUCGCAGACAAGCCGACACUGGCCGACAAGUUCACUGGUCUCUUCAGAAAGGGACCCAGCCACCUCGACUACCCGAUCAGCGAGGCUUUCGAAGGACCAAUCGACUCCACCCAUCGUCAUACCGAUGUGGAAGGACUACCAUUGGCUUCUCACGUCCAGGUCUACCACCAUGGCCGCUCGGAUGUUGGAGAGCCAUCGCAUGUCGUCGUCGAAGAGAAAUCGGAAGUGCACGACAAGCCGACACUGGCCGACAAGUUCACUGGUCUCUUCAGAAAGGGACCCAGCCACCUCGACUACCCGAUCAGCGAGGCUUUCGAAGGACCAAUCGACUCCACCCAUCGUCACACCGAUGUGGAAGGACUACCAUUGGCUUCUCACGUCCAGGUCUACCACCAUGGCCGCUCGGAUGUUGGAGAGCCAUCGCAUGUCGUCGUCGAAGAGAAAUCGGAAGUGCACGACAAGCCGACACUGGCCGACAAGUUCACUGGUCUCUUCAGAAAGGGACCCAGCCACCUCGACUACCCGAUCAGCGAGGCUUUCGAAGGACCAAUCGACUCCACCCAUCGUCACACCGAUGUGGAAGGACUACCAUUGGCUUCUCACGUCCAGGUCUACCACCAUGGCCGCUCGGAUGUUGGAGAGCCAUCGCAUGUCGUCGUCGAAGAGAAAUCGGAAGUGCACGACAAGCCGACACUGGCCGACAAGUUCACUGGUCUCUUCAGAAAGGGACCCAGCCACCUGGACUACCCGAUCAGCGAGGCUUUCGAAGGACCAAUCGACUCCACCCAUCGUCACACUGAUGUGGAAGGACUACCGUUGGCUUCUCACGUCCAGGUCUACCACCAUGGCCGCUCGGAUGUUGGAGAGCCAUCGCAUGUCGUCGUCGAAGAGAAACCGGAAGUCGCAGAGAAGCCGACACUGGCCGACAAGUUCACUGGUCUCUUCAGAAAGGGACCCAGCCACCUCGACUACCCGAUCAGCGAGGCUUUCGAAGGACCAAUCGACUCCACCCAUCGUCAUACCGAUGUGGAAGGACUACCAUUGGCUUCUCACGUCCAGGUCUACCACCAUGGCCGCUCGGAUGUUGGAGAGCCAUCGCAUGUCGUCGUCGAAGAGAAAUCGGAAGUGCACGACAAGCCGACACUGGCCGACAAGUUCACUGGUCUCUUCAGAAAGGGACCCAGCCACCUCGACUACCCGAUCAGCGAGGCUUUCGAAGGACCAAUCGACUCCACCCAUCGUCACACCGAUGUGGAAGGACUACCGUUGGCUUCUCACGUCCAGGUCUACCACCAUGGCCGCUCGGAUGUGCCUGAACCAUCGCAUGUCGUCGUCGAAGAGAAAUCGGAAGUUCACGACAAGCCGACAUUGGCCGACAAGUUCACUGGUCUCUUCAGAAAGGGACCCAGCCACCUCGACUACCCGAUCAGCGAGGCUUUCGAAGGACCAAUCGACUCCACCCAUCGUCACACCGAUGUGGAAGGACUACCGUUGGCUUCUCACGUCCAGGUCUACCACCAUGGCCGCUCGGAUGUGCCUGAGCCAUCGCAUGUCGUCGUCGAAGAGAAAUCGGAAGUGCACGACAAGCCGACACUGGCCGACAAGUUCACUGGUCUCUUCAGAAAGGGACCCAGCCACCUCGAUUACCCGAUCAACGAGGCUUUCGAAGGACCAAUCGACUCCACCCAUCGUCACACCGAUGUGGAAGGACUACCGUUGGCUUCUCACGUCCAGGUCUACCACCAUGGCCGCUCGGAUGUGCCUGAACCAUCGCAUGUCGUCGUCGAAGAGAAAUCGGAAGUGCACGACAAGCCGACACUGGCCGACAAGUUCACUGGUCUCUUCAGAAAGGGACCCAGCCACCUCGACUACCCGAUCAGCGAGGCUUUCGAAGGACCAAUCGACUCCACCCAUCGUCACACCGAUGUGGAAGGACUACCGUUGGCUUCUCACGUCCAGGUCUACCACCAUGGCCGCUCGGAUGUUGGAGAGCCAUCGCAUGUCGUCGUCGAAGAGAAAUCGGAAGUGCACGACAAGCCGACACUGGCCGACAAGUUCACUGGUCUCUUCAGAAAGGGACCCAGCCACCUCGACUACCCGAUCAGCGAGGCUUUCGAAGGACCAAUCGACUCCACCCAUCGUCAUACCGAUGUGGAAGGACUACCGUUGGCUUCUCACGUCCAGGUCUACCACCAUGGCCGCUCGGAUGUUGGAGAGCCAUCGCAUGUCGUCGUCGAAGAGAAAUCGGAAGUCGCACGAGAAGCCGACACUGGCCGACAAGUUCACUGCGAGGCUUUCGAAGGACUAAUCGACUCCACCCAUCGUCAUACCGAUGUGGAAGGACUACCGUUGGCUUCUCACGUCCAGGUCUACCACCAUGGCCGCUCGGAUGUUGGAGAGCCAUCGCAUGUCGUCGUCGAAGAGAAAUCGGAAGUGCACGACAAGCCGACACUGGCCGACAAGUUCACUGGUCUCUUCAGAAAGGGACCCAGCCACCUCGACUACCCGUUCAGCGAGGCUUUCGAAGGACCAAUCGACUCCACCCAUCGUCAUACCGAUGUGGAAGGACUACCGUUGGCUUCUCACGUCCAGGUCUACCACCAUGGCCGCUCGGAUGUGCCUGAACCAUCGCAUGUCGUCGUCGAAGAGAAAUCGGAAGUGCACGACAAGCCGACACUGGCCGACAAGUUCACUGGUCUCUUCAGAAAGGGACCCAGCCACCUCGACUACCCGUUCAGCGAGGCUUUCGAAGGACCAAUCGACUCCACCCAUCGUCAUACCGAUGUGGAAGGACUACCGUUGGCUUCUCACGUCCAGGUCUACCACCAUGGCCGCUCGGAUGUUGGAGAGCCAUCGCAUGUCGUCGUCGAAGAGAAAUCGGAAGUGCACGACAAGCCGACACUGGCCGACAAGUUCACUGGUCUCUUCAGAAAGGGACCCAGCCACCUCGACUACCCGAUCAGCGAGGCUUUCGAAGGACCAAUCGACUCCACCCAUCGUCAUACCGAUGUGGAAGGACUACCGUUGGCUUCUCACGUCCAGGUCUACCACCAUGGCCGCUCGGAUGUUGGAGAGCCAUCGCAUGUCGUCGUCGAAGAGAAAUCGGAAGUGCACGACAAGCCGACACUGGCCGACAAGUUCACUGGUCUCUUCAGAAAGGGACCCAGCCACCUCGACUACCCGAUCAGCGAGGCUUUCGAAGGACCAAUCGACUCCACCCAUCGUCAUACCGAUGUGGAAGGACUACCGUUGGCUUCUCACGUCCAGGUCUACCACCAUGGCCGCUCGGAUGUUGGAGAGCCAUCGCAUGUCGUCGUCGAAGAGAAAUCGGAAGUGCACGACAAGCCGACACUGGCCGACAAGUUCACUGGUCUCUUCAGAAAGGGACCCAGCCACCUCGACUACCCGAUCAGCGAGGCUUUCGAAGGACCAAUCGACUCCACCCAUCGUCACACCGAUGUGGAAGGACUACCAUUGGCUUCUCACGUCCAGGUCUACCACCAUGGCCGCUCGGAUGUGCCUGAACCAUCGCAUGUCGUCGUCGAAGAGAAAUCGGAAGUGCACGACAAGCCGACACUGGCCGACAAGUUCACUGGUCUCUUCAGAAAGGGACCCAGCCACCUCGACUACCCGAUCAGCGAGGCUUUCGAAGGACCAAUCGACUCCACCCAUCGUCACACCGAUGUGGAAGGACUACCGUUGGCUUCUCACGUCCAGGUCUACCACCAUGGCCGCUCGGAUGUUGGAGAGCCAUCGCAUGUCGUCGUCGAAGAGAAAUCGGAAGUCGCAGAGAAGCCGACACUGGCCGACAAGUUCACUGGUCUCUUCAGAAAGGGACCCAGCCACCUCGACUACCCGAUCAGCGAGGCUUUCGAAGGACCAAUCGACUCCACCCAUCGUCAUACCGAUGUGGAAGGACUACCGUUGGCUUCUCACGUCCAGGUCUACCACCAUGGCCGCUCGGAUGUUGGAGAGCCAUCGCAUGUCGUCGUCGAAGAGAAAUCGGAAGUCGCAGAGAAGCCGACACUGGCCGACAAGUUCACUGGUCUCUUCAGAAAGGGACCCAGCCACCUCGACUACCCGAUCAGCGAGGCUUUCGAAGGACCAAUCGACUCCACCCAUCGUCACACCGAUGUGGAAGGACUACCGUUGGCUUCUCACGUCCAGGUCUACCACCAUGGCCGCUCGGAUGUUGGAGAGCCAUCGCAUGUCGUCGUCGAAGAGAAAUCGGAAGUCGCACGACAAGCCGACACUGGCCGACAAGUUCACUGCGAGGCUUUCGAAGGACCAAUCGACUCCACCCAUCGUCAUACCGAUGUGGAAGGACUACCGUUGGCUUCUCACGUCCAGGUCUACCACCAUGGCCGCUCGGAUGUUGGAGAGCCAUCGCAUGUCGUCGUCGAAGAGAAAUCGGAAGUGCACGACAAGCCGACACUGGCCGACAAGUUCACUGGUCUCUUCAGAAAGGGACCCAGCCACCUCGACUACCCGAUCAGCGAGGCUUUCGAAGGACCAAUCGACUCCACCCAUCGUCAUACCGAUGUGGAAGGACUACCGUUGGCUUCUCACGUCCAGGUCUACCACCAUGGCCGCUCGGAUGUGCCUGAACCAUCGCAUGUCGUCGUCGAAGAGAAAUCGGAAGUGCACGACAAGCCGACACUGGCCGACAAGUUCACUGGUCUCUUCAGAAAGGGACCCAGCCACCUCGACUACCCGAUCAGCGAGGCUUUCGAAGGACCAAUCGACUCCACCCAUCGUCACACCGAUGUGGAAGGACUACCGUUGGCUUCUCACGUCCAGGUCUACCACCAUGGCCGCUCGGAUGUUGGAGAGCCAUCGCAUGUCGUCGUCGAAGAGAAAUCGGAAGUGCACGACAAGCCGACACUGGCCGACAAGUUCACUGGUCUCUUCAGAAAGGGACCCAGCCACCUCGACUACCCGAUCAGCGAGGCUUUCGAAGGACCAAUCGACUCCACCCAUCGUCACACCGAUGUGGAAGGACUACCAUUGGCUUCUCACGUCCAGGUCUACCACCAUGGCCGCUCGGAUGUGCCUGAACCAUCGCAUGUCGUCGUCGAAGAGAAAUCGGAAGUGCACGACAAGCCGACACUGGCCGACAAGUUCACUGGUCUCUUCAGAAAGGGACCCAGCCACCUCGACUACCCGAUCAGCGAGGCUUUCGAAGGACCAAUCGACUCCACCCAUCGUCACACCGAUGUGGAAGGACUACCGUUGGCUUCUCACGUCCAGGUCUACCACCAUGGCCGCUCGGAUGUUGGAGAGCCAUCGCAUGUCGUCGUCGAAGAGAAAUCGGAAGUGCACGACAAGCCGACACUGGCCGACAAGUUCACUGGUCUCUUCAGAAAGGGACCCAGCCACCUCGACUACCCGAUCAGCGAGGCUUUCGAAGGACCAAUCGACUCCACCCAUCGUCAUACCGAUGUGGAAGGACUACCGUUGGCUUCUCACGUCCAGGUCUACCACCAUGGCCGCUCGGAUGUUGGAGAGCCAUCGCAUGUCGUCGUCGAAGAGAAAUCGGAAGUGCACGACAAGCCGACACUGGCCGACAAGUUCACUGGUCUCUUCAGAAAGGGACCCAGCCACCUCGACUACCCGAUCAGCGAGGCUUUCGAAGGACCAAUCGACUCCACCCAUCGUCACACCGAUGUGGAAGGACUACCAUUGGCUUCUCACGUCCAGGUCUACCACCAUGGCCGCUCGGAUGUGCCUGAACCAUCGCAUGUCGUCGUCGAAGAGAAAUCGGAAGUGCACGACAAGCCGACACUGGCCGACAAGUUCACUGGUCUCUUCAGAAAGGGACCCAGCCACCUCGACUACCCGAUCAGCGAGGCUUUCGAAGGACCAAUCGACUCCACCCAUCGUCACACCGAUGUGGAAGGACUACCGUUGGCUUCUCACGUCCAGGUCUACCACCAUGGCCGCUCGGAUGUUGGAGAGCCAUCGCAUGUCGUCGUCGAAGAGAAAUCGGAAGUGCACGACAAGCCGACACUGGCCGACAAGUUCACUGGUCUCUUCAGAAAGGGACCCAGCCACCUCGACUACCCGAUCAGCGAGGCUUUCGAAGGACCAAUCGACUCCACCCAUCGUCACACCGAUGUGGAAGGACUACCGUUGGCUUCUCACGUCCAGGUCUACCACCAUGGCCGCUCGGAUGUUGGAGAGCCAUCGCAUGUCGUCGUCGAAGAGAAAUCGGAAGUCGCACGACAAGCCGACACUGGCCGACAAGACCAAUCGACUCCACCCAUCGUCACACCGAUGUGGAAGGACUACCGUUGGCUUCUCACGUCCAGGUCUACCACCAUGGCCGCUCGGAUGUUGGAGAGCCAUCGCAUGUCGUCGUCGAAGAGAAAUCGGAAGUCGCACGACAAGCCGACACUGGCCGACAAGUUCACUGGUCUCUUCAGAAAGGGACCCAGCCACCUCGACUACCCGAUCAGCGAGGCUUUCGAAGGACCAAUCGACUCCACCCAUCGUCACACCGAUGUGGAAGGACUACCGUUGGCUUCUCACGUCCAGGUCUACCACCAUGGCCGCUCGGAUGUGCCUGAACCAUCGCAUGUCGUCGUCGAAGAGAAAUCGGAAGUGCACGACAAGCCGACACUGGCCGACAAGUUCACUGGUCUCUUCAGAAAGGGACCCAGCCACCUCGACUACCCGAUCAGCGAGGCUUUCGAAGGACCAAUCGACUCCACCCAUCGUCACACCGAUGUGGAAGGACUACCGUUGGCUUCUCACGUCCAGGUCUACCACCAUGGCCGCUCGGAUGUUGGAGAGCCAUCGCAUGUCGUCGUCGAAGAGAAAUCGGAAGUGCACGACAAGCCGACACUGGCCGACAAGUUCACUGGUCUCUUCAGAAAGGGACCCAGCCACCUCGACUACCCGAUCAGCGAGGCUUUCGAAGGACCAAUCGACUCCACCCAUCGUCAUACCGAUGUGGAAGGACUACCGUUGGCUUCUCACGUCCAGGUCUACCACCAUGGCCGCUCGGAUGUUGGAGAGCCAUCGCAUGUCGUCGUCGAAGAGAAAUCGGAAGUGCACGACAAGCCGACACUGGCCGACAAGUUCACUGGUCUCUUCAGAAAGGGACCCAGCCACCUCGACUACCCGAUCAGCGAGGCUUUCGAAGGACCAAUCGACUCCACCCAUCGUCACACCGAUGUGGAAGGACUACCGUUGGCUUCUCACGUCCAGGUCUACCACCAUGGCCGCUCGGAUGUUGGAGAGCCAUCGCAUGUCGUCGUCGAAGAGAAAUCGGAAGUGCACGACAAGCCGACACUGGCCGACAAGUUCACUGGUCUCUUCAGAAAGGGACCCAGCCACCUCGACUACCCGAUCAGCGAGGCUUUCGAAGGACCAAUCGACUCCACCCAUCGUCACACCGAUGUGGAAGGACUACCGUUGGCUUCUCACGUCCAGGUCUACCACCAUGGCCGCUCGGAUGUUGGAGAGCCAUCGCAUGUCGUCGUCGAAGAGAAAUCGGAAGUGCACGACAAGCCGACACUGGCCGACAAGUUCACUGGUCUCUUCAGAAAGGGACCCAGCCACCUCGACUACCCGAUCAGCGAGGCUUUCGAAGGACCAAUCGACUCCACCCAUCGUCACACCGAUGUGGAAGGACUACCGUUGGCUUCUCACGUCCAGGUCUACCACCAUGGCCGCUCGGAUGUUGGAGAGCCAUCGCAUGUCGUCGUCGAAGAGAAAUCGGAAGUGCACGACAAGCCGACACUGGCCGACAAGUUCACUGGUCUCUUCAGAAAGGGACCCAGCCACCUCGACUACCCGAUCAGCGAGGCUUUCGAAGGACCAAUCGACUCCACCCAUCGUCAUACCGAUGUGGAAGGACUACCGUUGGCUUCUCACGUCCAGGUCUACCACCAUGGCCGCUCGGAUGUUGGAGAGCCAUCGCAUGUCGUCGUCGAAGAGAAAUCGGAAGUGCACGACAAGCCGACACUGGCCGACAAGUUCACUGGUCUCUUCAGAAAGGGACCCAGCCACCUCGACUACCCGAUCAGCGAGGCUUUCGAAGGACCAAUCGACUCCACCCAUCGUCACACCGAUGUGGAAGGACUACCGUUGGCUUCUCACGUCCAGGUCUACCACCAUGGCCGCUCGGAUGUGCCUGAACCAUCGCAUGUCGUCGUCGAAGAGAAAUCGGAAGUGCACGACAAGCCGACACUGGCCGACAAGUUCACUGGUCUCUUCAGAAAGGGACCCAGCCACCUCGACUACCCGAUCAGCGAGGCUUUCGAAGGACCAAUCGACUCCACCCAUCGUCAUACCGAUGUGGAAGGACUACCGUUGGCUUCUCACGUCCAGGUCUACCACCAUGGCCGCUCGGAUGUUGGAGAGCCAUCGCAUGUCGUCGUCGAAGAGAAAUCGGAAGUCGCAGAGAAGCCGACGCUAGCCGACAAGUUCACUGGUCUCUUCAGAAAGGGACCCAGCCACCUCGACUACCCGAUCAGCGAGGCUUUCGAAGGACCAAUCGACUCCACCCAUCGUCACACCGAUGUGGAAGGACUACCGUUGGCUUCUCACGUCCAGGUCUACCACCAUGGCCGCUCGGAUGUUGGAGAGCCAUCGCAUGUCGUCGUCGAAGAGAAAUCGGAAGUGCACGACAAGCCGACACUGGCCGACAAGUUCACUGGUCUCUUCAGAAAGGGACCCAGCCACCUCGACUACCCGAUCAGCGAGGCUUUCGAAGGACCAAUCGACUCCACCCAUCGUCACACCGAUGUGGAAGGACUACCGUUGGCUUCUCACGUCCAGGUCUACCACCAUGGCCGCUCGGAUGUUGGAGAGCCAUCGCAUGUCGUCGUCGAAGAGAAAUCGGAAGUGCACGACAAGCCGACACUGGCCGACAAGUUCACUGGUCUCUUCAGAAAGGGACCCAGCCACCUCGACUACCCGAUCAGCGAGGCUUUCGAAGGACCAAUCGACUCCACCCAUCGUCACACCGAUGUGGAAGGACUACCGUUGGCUUCUCACGUCCAGGUCUACCACCAUGGCCGCUCGGAUGUUGGAGAGCCAUCGCAUGUCGUCGUCGAAGAGAAAUCGGAAGUGCACGACAAGCCGACACUGGCCGACAAGUUCACUGGUCUCUUCAGAAAGGGACCCAGCCACCUCGACUACCCGAUCAGCGAGGCUUUCGAAGGACCAAUCGACUCCACCCAUCGUCACACCGAUGUGGAAGGACUACCGUUGGCUUCUCACGUCCAGGUCUACCACCAUGGCCGCUCGGAUGUUGGAGAGCCAUCGCAUGUCGUCGUCGAAGAGAAAUCGGAAGUGCACGACAAGCCGACACUGGCCGACAAGUUCACUGGUCUCUUCAGAAAGGGACCCAGCCACCUCGACUACCCGAUCAGCGAGGCUUUCGAAGGACCAAUCGACUCCACCCAUCGUCACACCGAUGUGGAAGGACUACCGUUGGCUUCUCACGUCCAGGUCUACCACCAUGGCCGCUCGGAUGUUGGAGAGCCAUCGCAUGUCGUCGUCGAAGAGAAAUCGGAAGUCGCACGAGAAGCCGACACUGGCCGACAAGUUCACUGCGAGGCUUUCGAAGGACCAAUCGACUCCACCCAUCGUCACACCGAUGUGGAAGGACUACCGUUGGCUUCUCACGUCCAGGUCUACCACCAUGGCCGCUCGGAUGUUGGAGAGCCAUCGCAUGUCGUCGUCGAAGAGAAAUCGGAAGUGCACGACAAGCCGACACUGGCCGACAAGUUCACUGGUCUCUUCAGAAAGGGACCCAGCCACCUCGACUACCCGAUCAGCGAGGCUUUCGAAGGACCAAUCGACUCCACCCAUCGUCACACCGAUGUCUACCACCAUGGCCGCUCGGAUGUUGGAGAGCCAUCGCAUGUCGUCGUCGAAGAGAAAUCGGAAGUGCACGACAAGCCGACACUGGCCGACAAGUUCACUGGUCUCUUCAGAAAGGGACCCAGCCACCUCGACUACCCGAUCAGCGAGGCUUUCGAAGGACCAAUCGACUCCACCCAUCGUCACACCGAUGUGGAAGGACUACCGUUGGCUUCUCACGUCCAGGUCUACCACCAUGGCCGCUCGGAUGUUGGAGAGCCAUCGCAUGUCGUCGUCGAAGAGAAAUCGGAAGUGCACGACAAGCCGACACUGGCCGACAAGUUCACUGGUCUCUUCAGAAAGGGACCCAGCCACCUCGACUACCCGAUCAGCGAGGCUUUCGAAGGACCAAUCGACUCCACCCAUCGUCACACCGAUGUGGAAGGACUACCGUUGGCUUCUCACGUCCAGGUCUACCACCAUGGCCGCUCGGAUGUUGGAGAGCCAUCGCAUGUCGUCGUCGAAGAGAAAUCGGAAGUGCACGACAAGCCGACACUGGCCGACAAGUUCACUGGUCUCUUCAGAAAGGGACCCAGCCACCUCGACUACCCGAUCAGCGAGGCUUUCGAAGGACCAAUCGACUCCACCCAUCGUCACACCGAUGUGGAAGGACUACCGUUGGCUUCUCACGUCCAGGUCUACCACCAUGGCCGCUCGGAUGUUGGAGAGCCAUCGCAUGUCGUCGUCGAAGAGAAAUCGGAAGUGCACGACAAGCCGACACUGGCCGACAAGUUCACUGGUCUCUUCAGAAAGGGACCCAGCCACCUCGACUACCCGAUCAGCGAGGCUUUCGAAGGACCAAUCGACUCCACCCAUCGUCACACCGAUGUGGAAGGACUACCGUUGGCUUCUCACGUCCAGGUCUACCACCAUGGCCGCUCGGAUGUUGGAGAGCCAUCGCAUGUCGUCGUCGAAGAGAAAUCGGAAGUGCACGAGAAGCCGACACUGGCCGACAAGUUCACUGGUCUCUUCAGAAAGGGACCCAGCCACCUCGACUACCCGAUCAGCGAGGCUUUCGAAGGACCAAUCGACUCCACCCAUCGUCACACCGAUGUGGAAGGACUACCGUUGGCUUCUCACGUCCAGGUCUACCACCAUGGCCGCUCGGAUGUCGGAAAGCCAUCGCAUGUCGUCGUCGAAGAGAAAUCGGAAGUGCACGACAAGCCGACACUGGCCGAAAAGUUCACUGGUCUCUUCAGAAAGGGACCCAGCCACCUCGACUACCCGAUCAGCGAGGCUUUCGAAGGACCAAUCGACUCCACCCAUCGUCACACCGAUGUGGAAGGACUACCAUUGGCUUCUCACGUCCAGGUCUACCACCAUGGCCGCUCGGAUGUUGGAGAGCCAUCGCAUGUCGUCGUCGAAGAGAAAUCGGAAGUGCACGACAAGCCGACACUGGCCGACAAGUUCACUGGUCUCUUCAGAAAGGGACCCAGCCACCUCGACUACCCGAUCAGCGAGGCUUUCGAAGGACCAAUCGACUCCACCCAUCGUCACACCGAUGUGGAAGGACUACCAUUGGCUUCUCACGUCCAGGUCUACCACCAUGGCCGCUCGGAUGUGGCAGAGCCAUCGCAUGUCGUCGUCGAAGAGAAAUCGGAAGUGCACGACAAGCCGACACUGGCCGACAAGUUCACUGGUCUCUUCAGAAAGGGACCCAGCCACCUCGACUACCCGAUCAGCGAGGCUUUCGAAGGACCAAUCGACUCCACCCAUCGUCACACCGAUGUGGAAGGACUACCGUUGGCUUCUCACGUCCAGGUCUACCACCAUGGCCGCUCGGAUGUUGGAGAGCCAUCGCAUGUCGUCGUCGAAGAGAAAUCGGAAGUGCACGACAAGCCGACACUGGCCGACAAGUUCACUGGUCUCUUCAGAAAGGGACCCAGCCACCUCGACUACCCGAUCAGCGAGGCUUUCGAAGGACCAAUCGACUCCACCCAUCGUCAUACCGAUGUGGAAGGACUACCGUUGGCUUCUCACGUCCAGGUCUACCACCAUGGCCGCUCGGAUGUUGGAGAGCCAUCGCAUGUCGUCGUCGAAGAGAAAUCGGAAGUGCACGACAAGCCGACACUGGCCGACAAGUUCACUGGUCUCUUCAGAAAGGGACCCAGCCACCUCGACUACCCGAUCAGCGAGGCUUUCGAAGGACCAAUCGACUCCACCCAUCGUCACACCGAUGUGGAAGGACUACCGUUGGCUUCUCACGUCCAGGUCUACCACCAUGGCCGCUCGGAUGUUGGAGAGCCAUCGCAUGUCGUCGUCGAAGAGAAAUCGGAAGUGCACGACAAGCCGACACUGGCCGACAAGUUCACUGGUCUCUUCAGAAAGGGACCCAGCCACCUCGACUACCCGAUCAGCGAGGCUUUCGAAGGACCAAUCGACUCCACCCAUCGUCACACCGAUGUGGAAGGACUACCAUUGGCUUCUCACGUCCAGGUCUACCACCAUGGCCGCUCGGAUGUUGGAGAGCCAUCGCAUGUCGUCGUCGAAGAGAAAUCGGAAGUCGCAGAGAAGCCGACGCUAGCCGACAAGUUCACUGGUCUCUUCAGAAAGGGACCCAGCCACCUCGACUACCCGAUCAGCGAGGCUUUCGAAGGACCAAUCGACUCCACCCAUCGUCACACCGAUGUGGAAGGACUACCGUUGGCUUCUCACGUCCAGGUCUACCACCAUGGCCGCUCGGAUGUUGGAGAGCCAUCGCAUGUCGUCGUCGAAGAGAAAUCGGAAGUCGCACGACAAGCCGACACUGGCCGACAAGUUCACUGCGAGGCUUUCGAAGGACCAAUCGACUCCACCCAUCGUCACACCGAUGUGGAAGGACUACCGUUGGCUUCUCACGUCCAGGUCUACCACCAUGGCCGCUCGGAUGUUGGAGAGCCAUCGCAUGUCGUCGUCGAAGAGAAAUCGGAAGUCGCAGAGAAGCCGACGCUAGCCGACAAGUUCACUGGUCUCUUCAGAAAGGGACCCAGCCACCUCGACUACCCGAUCAGCGAGGCUUUCGAAGGACCAAUCGACUCCACCCAUCGUCACACCGAUGUGGAAGGACUAA